UAAAACUACGUCAGCUAUGUAUACGUCGAAGAGAUAAUAAAAAAGUUUUAGUGCAGCUUUCUGCACAUUUGUGUUUAUAUUGUUACAAUUUUUGAUUGUUGAAUUUUUGUCGACAGCCGGAGCUGCUCCGUGAAUUAGCAAAAAACAAUGGGCUCAGUAGAAGAGCUGGAUAAGGAGGAUAAAGAGGAGACGAAAGAGGAGGUAAAUGUCUGGAGCGACGUGCUGGGCUCACCUCGUUACGUCGUGGCGCCAAUGGUAGACGCGAGCGAAUUGGCUUGGAGACUGCUGAGUCGAAGACACGGCGCCCAGCUAUGCUACACGCCGAUGCUGCACUCGUCGGUCUUCUGCAGAGAUCCCAAGUACCGGGCUGAAGCCCUCGCAAGCACACCCGAGGAUCGGCCGCUGAUCGUUCAGUUUUGCGGAAACGAUCCAGAGACAUUGCUGAACGCAGCCCUUUUAGCGGAGCCCUAUUGCGACGCGAUCGAUAUAAAUAUCGGUUGUCCGCAGGCUAUUGCGAAAAGAGGUCACUACGGAGCUUUUUUACAAGACGACUGGGAGCUUUUGAAAGAAAUCGUGUCGAAGAUGAGCCAAGGAGUUAAGAUUCCCAUUACGUGCAAACUCCGCGUUUUUCCUGAUAUCAAUAAGACGAUUGAAUACGCCAAGAUGCUAGAGGCUGCAGGGGCUAAGAUACUUACUGUGCACGGACGAACUAGAGAGCAAAAGGGACCACUCACGGGUUUAGCAUCGUGGGAACAUAUAUGCGCUGUUAGGCGGUCUGUUAAAGUACCAGUAUUUGCGAACGGUAACAUCCAGUGCAUACAAGACGUAGAAAAGUGUAUAGAAGAAACAGGCGUCCAAGGCGUCAUGUCAGCCGAGGGCAAUCUCUACAACCCGCAUAUUUUUGAGGGCGGGUAUCCACCCUGUUGGGAGCCUGCGACGGAGUACCUCGACCUUCUUGACAUUCAUCCGGCGCCGUCAUCCUAUAUUCGGGGUCACCUCUUCAAACUCUUCCAACACAUAUUUCUUUUACCAGAAAACGCAAACGAGAGGACGCAUCUGGCUCAAAACUCGACGAUGGAAUCAUUCCGUAGCGUUGUGCAAGCGCUAAAAGACAAGUACUUGCCUUACCACGAGGGUCAUCUGAUUUGGCGUCGAGAGAACGAAGAUUAUAAUUUAGAGCUUCCGCCGUGGUUGUGCCAACCAUACGUACGGGAUAGUCCAGAAGUGCAUGUUAGCAAAGUAGAAGCAAAAAGAGUACAAACGGAAACUUCGGCUGAGAAGAGGGACUACAAAGAUGAAGAUGGAAACGAAAUAUCGAGGAAACGAUUAAAAAAAUUAAGACGCAUAGCUCGGAGACCAAACAAACCACAAGUACGUGUUAAACGAGGCUCAAAUUUAUGUGAUAAUUGUCCAAACCCACUAGGUUCCAAAUGUGAAUACCAAUUGUGCCGACAGUGUUGUCGAAAUAAAUGUUACACGGAAAAUUUAGAUUGUAGUGGCCACAGAAAUUUGACUAAAACCAGAAGAAAAAUGGCAAUAGAUUUUGCUAUGCAGAGAAAAAACGGAGAGAACGCGAGUUGACACUUUGAGAUUUUAAUUGUUACAAUAAAUAUCUGUAAAUAAUGUUUAUACAUCUAUUAAUCUAUUUUUUUAUCUGCAUUAGUUCCAUUUAAAAUUCUGAUUAUUUUUUGCUAAAGUAAAAUUUUGUUUAACUUAAAA